UGGGAAUGCGAAUAUGUGAAUAUACAUUUAUAUACUCGGCAUUUGAAAUAUUAAGAUCAAAACUUUGGAUAAUGGAGGAAAUCAUCGUUUCCCAAGGCUGGCUAUAUGUUAGUGUGAUUUCAGCUCUAUCUUUUCAAGCAGUCAACAAGUCAGUUGCGUUAGUUUUGCCGGCGCCUCGAAAAUUUCAGGAUCAGUGGAAGAAGGUUUGGCUGUGGGAGAAUAUUUGUACAUCGUUUGUUCAUUCCUUCUUAAGUGCUCUCCUGACUGUUUACAGCAUAUAUAAAACGCCAUCGAUGUUAAAAGACAUGAUAGACUCAUGGAAUAUUUUAGCUUAUUAUACACUUGCAUUGUCAAUUGGAUAUUUUAUAUACGAUUUCAUCAAUUUAAUCAUCAACGAUAGAGAAAAAGGUCUUUGUAUUAUGAUCCAUCAUGUUCUAGUAAUUUUUAUUUUCUACAUCACUGUCUCAAACAAGAAGUAUAUACCAUUUGCAUUGUGUGCCUUACUCAUGGAAAUCAACAGCGUUUUUUUGCACACACGUCGACUCAUGCACAUGUCAGACAUCAAUCCAAAAGGAUUGGCUUUUAGGAUGAACUGUAUUUUACUAACAACCACGUUUGUAAUAUUCCGUCUCAUCCUCUGCGCCUGGAUGAUUCAUUUCUUCGUCAUGAAUGGACAUACUGUCAGCCAGUUACAUUUGGGUUUUGGAAUUUUUGGGCUGUGUAUAGUCAUACCGCAGAAUUUGCUACUUUUAAACCAAGUAUGGCUAAGUGAUGCCAAGCGCAAUACACAGCUGAGUCAGGCUGAGAAAGAGAAAUUAGCUGUAAGAGACAAUAAUGCGAACAAUUUAAAUGGCUUGGAAAAGCUUAAGCAUUUCCUUCAGAUGACAAUUGCUCGCAGUGCUGAGUAAAGCGGUUAUAUAAUGUCCUUUCACGUAAAUGUUGGGUUCAGAAUAAAAGUGGAAAUACUUCUUUUAAUUUCAUAUAUAUGUGAUAUAUUUUACUGACAAUUACUGUGUGUACAUAUGUUAACAUUUAAUAUACAAAUUCCUCCAAUCAUAAU